AUGUUACUUGGUGUGCUGCUGAUCGCUAUAUUAUUAAAUGAAGUGUAUUAUAGUGAUGGGGAUACGAAACCUUGUACUUUCCCAAUUCCAUUGGAGUUGCCGAACAGGAACGACCGUUCUGAUCAGUGCUGGCUGAGAAUAGAAGAUGUCGAGUUAACUGAAACUGUCACUCUAUGGUGCUAUAUAGCCCAUGCGUUUCUCAGAAACUACAUACACGAUUACAACUCAAAAAAGAUGACAGAAGACAAGGUAGACGUAAGUCUAUGGAGUGAGGACCCGCGACCACAAAAUGAUAUCGUACCAAAGACUGUAGACGAAAUGGGGAUAAAAGAUUGGAAGUUAACCACUGUGAUGGACCCGGCGAUGCAUAUGAGGAUUUAUGUGUCGAAGCAAGCGGAUUGUCGAUUGAUCAUGUACACUAGAGAGGGCAUGACCAACUACAAAAUUGAUUGUGAAAGGAUUCUGUAUUACGUGAAUGAACGUAUGUACGGUGCGGCUACGGUGUCCCGUGCUCAAGGCAUCUUGGUCUCGGUGUGCAUUUUCCUUAUAAUUAUCAGCUUUCCAAUAAUUCUGUGA